AUGGACAGCAAACAAGGCUACGAGUCAUCCAUCCGUCAAGAAGUAUCGGCUGAGAUCGGAGAACAGAUUACAAUCGAGGACUACUAUAUUGACGUUAAAGAAGAAAAUGCUCUAGUAAGAAAAUUAGACAGGCGUUUGCUGCCCAUGCUUGCCUUCAUGUACUUUUUGUCGUCAUUGGAUCGUUCCAACAUCGGGAAUGCAUACACUUCGGGAAUGAAAGAAGAUCUGUCGCUUACAUCUCGUCAGUAUUCCAACUCAGUAUCGGUUUUUUAUUCGACCUAUCUGGCUGCUGAGCUUCCUGCUGUCUGGUUACUGAGAAUUGCUAAACCUCGUUAUUACAUGUCCGGGCUGGUACUCGCAUGGUCUCUCAUAACUCUGUUUAGUGGAUUUGUGCAAAACUACAAAUCUUUACUGGCCACCAGAAUUAUUUUAGGUGCUUUCGAAGGAGGCUUUUUCCCGGCCAUGACGCUGCUUAUCACAAUGACUUAUAAGCCUGAAGAGCAGGCAAAAAGAAUUGCAUUUUUCUUUGGGUCUUCUGCUUUGUCAGGUGCAUUCGGUGGGCUCAUCGCUACUGGUCUGGCUUCUGUGGAGAAUGUUGGUGGUCUCGAGGGCUGGAGGUGGCUUUACAUCAUUGAAGGAUUGAUCUCUGUUGGGGCCUCGAUUUGGCUAUUUUUUGGCUUGCCUAGCGACCUAGAGCAUAUGGCAUUCCUUAAUGAUAAAGAGCAAGCAACAAUGAAACUCAGAUCAAAGCAGCGCGUGCAGUAUAUGGGUUCUAAUCCUGCAUUUAGCUGGAAUCAGGUUUUUUUAGCUCUCAAGGAUUUCAAGACUUAUUUUGCCUUUACCAUUCAAUUUUGUCAGGACACCAUUCUUUAUGGCUUUAGCACUUUCUUGACCGCAAUUUUAAAGCUGGGCUUAGGAUAUGGCUCGAGAAAAGCCCAAUACAUGAGUGUUCCAGUGUACAUUCUUGCCGCAAUCGUAUUCAUGAUUUCAGCAUAUUUGAGUGAUCGCUUCCAGAUCAGGGGCCCGAUAUUUUUCAUGUAUAACCUGUUGGGUGCUGCUGGGUAUAUUAUUUUGCUCUCUGUUAAAAAUGAUUCUGUCAAGUACUUUGCGUGCUAUCUGAUAACCUUCUCGUUGUAUACAGGAACAGGGCUCAAUAUUACUUGGCUGACCAACAAUGUUGCACCUCAUUACAAAAGAGCGACAGCCCUAGGCCUUAACCAAACGCUAGGCAACUUGUCAGGGGCUAUUGUGGGUCAGGUUUAUACAAAGUCUCCCUAUACCUUUGGUAAUUCGUUCUCUCUUGGAUGCAUCGUGCUUUCAAAUCUUUUAACGGCACUUCAAAUGGUCUGGUUGAUUAAGCUUAACAGAGAUAAAGCUGCCAUUAUGGAUGGUACCAAAAAAGACACUAUGAAAGAGAGGAUAGGAGACGAAGCCUUAGAUUUUAAAUACUGCUUGUAG